AUGCUUCAACCCACGACGCCUCUCGCUCGCCCCGCAACGGGUGCUCAUCGUGCUGUCGCAAACGUGAAUGAUGAUUACGAAAGAUGGUAUAUGGAGGGAACAAACAACAACCGCAUGCUGCUUGCCAUUCGGUCAGGGAUCCCUACCGAGAUCGGUUGGGCUCUGGACAGGCUAUGCCGGCUAGCGCAAAACGACCAAUUCUCCGUCCGCAACACUCCGGGUCUUCUUGACGCGCUCUUCGAGUGGCCGGAAUGGUAUCUGGUUCAGGCCGGAGAUGCUGCUACGCAAUCUCGCUCCUUGUUCUGCGCACCUCCGGAUGUCGAACGCAAGCGCAGGUUUGCGCUAGACUCAAUGGCCAUUCUCCGCAAUGCAUCCCUCAACGAGUCAAAUGCGGGAGAUAUAGCGCAGCACAAGAAGACGAAACCGUUGGUCCUCGCCGCCCUUUACACCCUUCGAACAAACGCGGAUGCCGAUAGCGAGUUUUUGUUGUAUUGCAUUGAGCUAUUGCAUCUCGUUGUGCCCGGCUGGGUGAUCCCUACACGAAGUCAAGGGGCAAUGAAUCCCAUCCCUCGUCUCAUGGAUAUGUCCGCAAACUCCUCCAACCGCUCCAUCAUCAUUGGUUCUCUACACGCCUUGCACAUCAUUUUCUCGACCCCGGCGAAUUCCAUUCAUCUUACUGCCGACUCUUCCGCUUUGGAAGCUUCGCUGCGUUAUCUGCCACUACUCCCUGAUAAGCCAUUAAUAGAUGCAUGCGUCAAUUACUUAUAUUCCCAUCUAUCGCACCCUGCUAUGGCGAAGGCUUUCUUGUUACAUCCGAACCUUACUGCGGCGCUGAAACUCCUGGUCAACCAGAUUCUCUCGGAACAAGUGCUUGAAGAGCAAGUGCGUGCUGUUGGCCCUCAGCUCGUAACAACACCGCUCGUCGCAUCUCCCGCACCUCAACCGCACGAAUUAACACAGGCCGAGAUCGACACUCUACUCGGCCUUCAGGAACCGGCUAGAUGUUACGAAUGGAUGAGGAUGAUGUUCAUGGAGAAGGGAGAUGGAGAGAUGACUCAAGUUGACUUUUGGACGCUGUAUCGCGAUCGGUUCACCGAGCUCACGCCUGGUAAUAUCCUUCCUGCGGCGGACGUGAUCAAGCAUGUCACAGGCGUCUUUCCCCAAGCGCAAGCGAUGGUCGUACACAACGGGGCCACCCAACGUUUCGUUGUGCGAGGAGUGGCAAGGCGAACGGACGACGUGUCUACGGAACGUCUGCGGUGUGCAUGGGGUCGAGUGCCGUGUGACGCCCCCUUGUUCACCAGUACCGGCGCCCUGGCCGAUCACGUUCUGGAACAUAUCAAUGCUCUUGAAGCGCCCGAGCACGAGUGCAUGUGGGGUCUUUGCCCUCAAACGGCCUUACCGAGGGACUCUCUGCGUCGUCAUGCCUUGACACACUUGCCAGAAGCACAGCCUAUCCCUCUUCAUCCAGAACAGGGCAGUACGAUAUCCCUUCCAUCGGCCGACUACCCCAAUCCAAUCCCUAAUCCGACGGCACGCCCACACCCGCCCGCGGGUAAGGACACGUUGAUAUUUAAGAGGGCGCUUGUCGACCCGCCUUCUAGCGCCCUCACCUCCCUGCUCUGUGUGCGUGUACUGUAUCGCACUGCACAUGCAUCCAUAGAGACGGCCCCGAAACGAGAUGCAGACCAUUUCGGCUUCCCGGGCGUGGUUGAUGACGAAGAAGAUGAAGCUCAAGAGGAGGUGACGACGAAUGAGAGGGAAGAGCAGGCGUUGGGGCGGGGUAAACGCGCGUUUGUAAGGGUUCGGGGCUUGCUCUCUGAGGUCUUGAUGAAGCAAGAGAGUUUGCAGGGUUGGGUCACGGAAAUGGUGCAGGCCUCGAUGUAA